AUGGGACUUUCUGAGCUAAUUUUCGUGUCUCGUUCUCCGUGUUGUUGUUCCCGGUGACGCGACGGAGGUGUAGCCUGACGCGGUCUCUUACGUGUCGGCCUGAAUAAAAGUGGAGCUCCGGGGGCCAGGGAGUGACGGAGGGAGUCUGUACCGUCUUCAGCAAACUAAAUGACCAUGGAAUCUGGAGCAGAGACUCAGCGGGGUGGCGAGGCUGCUGUCACAGAGUCAGAAAACCAGCAGAUUGGAGUGCAGGCACAGCCACAGAUUGCAACGCUGGCACAGGUGUCCAUGGCAGGGGCUCACGCUACAUCUACAGGCCCCACCGUGACUCUUGUUCAGCUCCCAAACGGACAGACGGUUCAGGUGCAUGGGGUCAUACAGGCUGCACAACCCUCAGUCAUCCAGUCUCCGCAGGUUCAGACAGUGCAGGUGAGCACUGACAACUGUGUCUAUAUUUCUACGAUUGCUGAGAGCGAGGAUUCCCAGGAGUCGGUGGACAGUGUGACAGACUCUCAGAAACGCAGAGAGAUCCUCUCGAGACGGCCCUCCUACAGAAAAAUCCUGAAUGAUCUUUCAUCCGACGCCCCAGGAGUUCCCCGGAUUGAGGAAGAGAAAUCAGAAGAGGAUUCGUCCACUCCUGCCAUCACCACGGUGACUGUGCCAACACCAAUAUACCAGACCAGCACCGGGCAAUACAUUGCUAUCACACAGGGAGGUGCCAUUCAGCUGGCUAACAAUGGCACUGAUGGAAUGCAGGGGCUGCAGACACUGACCAUGAGCAAUGCGGCUGCAGCUCAGCCCGGUACUACAAUCUUACAGUACGCACAGACCUCUGAUGGGCAGCAGAUACUGGUGCCCAGUAACCAGGUAGUUGUGCAAGCUGCCUCCGGGGAUGUCCAGGCCUAUCAGAUCCGCACUGCUCCCACCAGCACCAUCGCCCCGGGCGUGGUCAUGGCGUCCUCCCCAGCACUGCCCACUCACCAGACAGCAGAGGAAGCGACUCGCAAGAGAGAAGUGCGCCUCAUGAAAAACAGGGAGGCGGCGCGGGAGUGUCGCAGGAAGAAAAAGGAGUACGUGAAAUGUCUGGAGAACCGGGUGGCUGUGUUGGAAAACCAGAACAAAACGUUGAUUGAAGAACUUAAAGCACUUAAAGACCUCUACUGCCAUAAAUCAGAUUAAUUCCACGGAUGUUUUACUGCAGAUCUGUACAGAGACUAGUCUGGCAUUAGGAAGCUGGGCGACAGACACAUUUUCUAAAUGUGUGGUGUGUGUUUUUUUUUUUUUUUUUUUUUUUUUUU